UGGGAAUUGUCGUCAUUUCCUGAAACCAGGCGGGUGUGUUGACGUCACCAACGUUGUGACACGUACGGCUCGUUGUCAGCAAAUAGCUAACUUUAUUCGUUUUUUAACAAUAUACAGUGAGUACAGCAACAUGCCCUGCCACAACCAGUCGUUAAAUAACGUUACUACCGGCCAAGAACAUAACUUAACCAAGCAUGUUCGGUUCGCCGCGAGCAGUAACAACAGCAGCAGCGUUCCGGUGGCGCCAAUCUCUGAAGCGGUGGAUGACGUCAAUAAACAGCGUUUGAACGGGAACUGUCCGAAUGGUGGUGGACUCGGGCCAGAUGUUUUAAACCUUGGACCUCAACUCAAACUGCUUCCUCUUAACAGUCAGAUACUAGAAUUACAGACCAUCAUCAGAGACAAGACAACCAGCAGAGGGGAUUUUGUGUUCUGUGCAGACCGACUGAUCAGACUGGUGGUGGAGGAAGGACUGAACCAGCUGCCCUACUCAGAGUGCACUGUGACCACUCCUACAGGACACAUGUAUGAAGGUGUAAAGUUUGAGAGAGGUAACUGUGGAGUCAGCAUCAUGAGAAGUGGUGAGGCCAUGGAGCAGGGUCUGAGGGACUGUUGUAGGUCCAUCCGCAUCGGAAAGAUCCUGAUCCAGAGUGAUGAAGAGACCCAGGAGGCUAAGGUCUACUAUGCUAAGUUCCCCCCAGACAUAAACAGGAGGAAGGUGCUGCUCAUGUACCCAAUACUGA